AUGUUAAUACUUACAAAUCAAAAGGAUCGUUCUGUCAUCGACCGUAUCGGUACUGCUCUUCGAGCCGCACAGGAAGGCACCUUCAGUCCUACACUCACUGAAUCUCCAGAACCAUCUGUGUCUCCCAGCCAUCCGAAACGUGGCGCAUCGUCUUCGCUUGUUGUCGAUACCGUUGUCAGUAAUAAGAGAGUUCGUUUUGAAGGCGAGACGGAAGAUGAUCUCUCUGAUUCGGAUAGCAGUUCAUUGCAGUGUGCUACGGAGGAGACCACAAGUACAGGAUCUAUCAGCCCCCAUAUCAGUUCGAUUGGCUCUGUUUGUCUUGACGACGUGUUCUGUUCAGUGCCUGGCCGUCUCUCACUUUUGAGCAGCACAUGCAAAUACAAGGUUACUCUCGCCGAGAUCCAGAGGCGUCUUUCACCUCCGGAGAAUCUCAAUGCCUCCAUUCUUGGAGGAAUUCUUCGUAGGGCAAAGUCGAAAAAUGGCGGAAAGGAAUUGCGUGACAUGCUAGAUAAAAUGGGACUUAGACUACCAGUCGGUCGCCGCAAAUCAGCUACUGUCACAUUGCUGACCUCUCUAGUUGAAGGUGAAGCAACACACCUUGCUCGUGAUUUCGCCUUUAUCACGGAGACCGAAUUUCCGGCUGCCACUCUUGCUGCGCGUAUCACUGAUCAGCAUCGUAUGAACAACGAGAAUUUGCAGAAGCGUAGAGAAUGUUUGUCAAAUGCGAUGUGA